AUGGGGAAAAAAAGCCGCUCGAAGACUCAGAAGUCAGGGGGGCCAGGAAUGAGUGCAACGGCUUCCUCCAAAGAGAUGGCGAACCUAAUCGCUGAACUGCUGCAAAAGUGCAGCAUUGAAGCCCCGUCAGCGAGUGAAGAGUGGCAGGAAUACGUCGAAAUACGAAGCUUGGUGGAGAAGAUCCGAAAGAAACAGAAGGGUAUGUCGGUAGUAUUUGAGGGUUGCAGACACAGCCAUUUCCAGGAUUUGGUAUCCUGGGCAAAAACGAGUGGGGCUUCCUGUGAUGGUUUCCGAAUUGCCAACUUUGGAAAAGAGGGCUACGGUCUUCAAGCUACAAGAGACAUAAAGGCAGAAGAAUUGUUCUUGUGCAUUCCAAGGAAGAUGCUGAUGACCACAGAAUCGGCACAGAAAUCCAUCCUGGGACCUCUGCUUCGCCAAGACCGGAUUCUUAAAGCAAUGGGCAAUGUGUCUCUUGCCCUUCACCUGCUUUGUGAGAGGGCCAAUCCUACAUCCAUGUGGGUUCCAUAUAUCCGCAGUCUUCCUCAUGAAUAUACCACUCCACUGUAUUACGAGCUGGAAGAGGUGCAGCUGCUUCUGGGCACACAAGCUGUUCAGGAUGUUUUUAACCAGUUUAAAAACACAGCACGCCAGUAUGCCUAUUUCUACAAACUUUUGCAGAGUCAUCCUACCGCUGGUGUUCUACCCCUAAAAGAGUGCUUCACAUUUGAUGACUAUAGGUGGGCUGUGUCUUCAGUCAUGACCCGGCAGAACCAGAUUCCUACUGAGGACGGUAGUCAAGUCACUCAGGCCCUCAUACCUCUUUGGGACAUGUGCAACCACACAAAUGGAAUGAUCACGACUGGCUACAACUUGGAGGAUGACCGCUGUGAAUGUGUGGCACUGAGAAAUUACAAGGAGAAUGAACAGAUUUACAUUUUCUAUGGCACAAGAUCCAAUGCUGACUUUUUCGUCCAUAAUGGAUUCUUCUUCCAAGACAACCUCCAUGAUCGAGUGAAGAUCAAGCUGGGCAUCAGUAAAAGUGAGAGACUUUACGCCAUGAAAGCAGAGGUUCUGGCCCGUGCUGGUAUCCCAGUGUCGUGUGUCUUUGCUCUGCACUUGAAUGAAUUUCCAGUUUCAGCACAGCUCCUAGCUUUUUUGAGAGUCUUCUGCAUGACAGAGGAAGAACUGAAAGACUCCCUUGUGGAAGACUCCAUCAAUAAGAUCUUAAACCUGAGUAAACGUGAGUUCCCAGUUAGCUGGGAGAAUGAAAUCAAAUUGUGGACUUUCCUGGAGACCAGAGUUGCCCUGCUGCUCAAGAACUACAGGACUACUUCUGAG